CAAACCACUAAACCGUACUUGGGGCGGAGUCCUUUUGAGUUUUGGCGUUGAUUUUAUUAUUUUGUAAUUUGUACUUAAAUGUGUUUCACUUGCGUUUGACUUAAACGUCAUUUUUAUCGACAAUAAAAUAAUAAAUCAUCCAAAAUGAGACUGAGAGCGAUAUUGGGUUAUUCGAUCUUCGGAACGGGAUCCACAUUGAUGUCGGCUAUCAUACUGUUCUAUCUGUUGGCCGGUAAAGGUGAGCAAAUCAGUAUUGGCUGGUUCUUGGCUAAUACAUCGCCCUAUAUGUGGGCUGURUUGGGUAUAUCGCUCGCAGUUGCCCUGUCUGUGGUCGGAGCCGCAUUGGGAAUACACACAACCGGUGUCAGCAUUGUCGGUGGUGGCGUGAAAGCGCCUCGUAUCAAGACCAAAAAUCUUAUAUCCGUCAUCUUCUGUGAAGCAGUGGCUAUCUAUGGACUUAUCACUGCAAUCGUCAUGUCUGGCCAGUUGGAAUCGUUCACAGACAAUGUAGACACUGCACAACAAAUCAGGGAUCAAAAUUGGAUGGCCGGCUAUUUAAUAUUUGCUGCCGGUAUAAGCGUAGGUCUGGUAAACCUAUUUUGUGGUAUAGCUGUUGGUGUAGUGGGUUCAGGUGCAGCAUUAGCAGAUGCAGCCAACUCAUCGCUUUUUGUCAAGAUUUUGAUUGUUGAAAUUUUUGGCAGUGCCAUUGGUCUU